CCUUUUUCUCUUCCCACAAAUAAUUCUCUCCAACAAAAAACUCAAUUCGCCCGUCUUAAUCUUCGAUCCAAUCUAAUCUCGUGUUUCUUGUUCAUCAUUCAAACCCUAACCCACGAUUUAGGGUUUCUCGAGGGAAAUAGGUUAUCGAGAAUCGAUCUUUGGUUCCUGAAUCGCUAAAGAUGGAUUUCUAGGGUUUGUGGGCGAUGUAUCGAAGCGUGCCGACGAGCGCCGCCGCGUUACGAAGAGGAGGAAUGGCCGGACGACGGACAGCGUCGAUGCGGUUGUGAAAGCUCGAUCAGGUCCCGAGAUGGACGGAUUCGGAUCAGCGAUCGCCGCCGAACGAGGAUCCUUCGAUGCCCUAUUCUUACUUCUCGGAUCCGUUGAAUUCGUCGGCUGGAGCUGGAGGCGACGGAGUGAAAUCGAGGUUUCCGGUCGAUCACGAGAUCAAUUCGAAGAUUUAUCUCUGGAGAGGGAACCCUUGGAAUCUUGAGGUCGAUGCUGUUGUCAAUUCCAGCAACGAGAGUUUAGAUGAAGCACAUAGUAGUCCUGGUUUGCAUGCUGCAGCUGGGCCUGGUCUUGCUGAAGAAUGUGCAACAUUGGGCGGAUGUCGAACUGGAAUGGCAAAAUUGACCGGUGCUUAUGAUCUACCAGCUAGAAGAAUUAUUCACACCGUUGGCCCCAAGUAUGCAGUGAAGUAUCAUACUGCUGCAGAGAAUGCUCUGAGUCACUGCUAUCGUUCUUGCUUGGAGCUUCUUAUUGAGAAUGGACUUCAGAGCAUUGCCAUGGGCUGCAUUUAUACAGAAGCCAAAAAUUAUCCUCGUGAACCAGCUGCACAUGUGGCAAUAAGAACUGUCAGGAGAUUUUUAGAGAAGCAGAAAGACAAAAUUUCUGCUGUUGUCUUUUGUACAACAACGGCAUCUGAUACAGAGAUAUACAAAAGAUUGCUUCCACUUUACUUUCCCAGGGAUAAACAUGAAGAAGAGAUAGCUAUAUCAAAACUUCCAGCGGAUGUAGGGGAUGAGAAUGGGGAGACGACUAUAGACGAACGUAAAAUUAGAAUAAAACCCUUACCUGCAGUGUCAGCACCUGUCCAGAAACCUCCUGCAACUCUUGAAGAUGUUCCUGUCAGUGACGUUGGAUCAACAUUAAGAGGGAAAACUAUACAAUUGGAUUCAUAUCUUGAUCCUACAUUCAUGUCAUUGAUCAAGGACCCUGAUCAACGUCGGAAAGAGCGGUGGGAAAAGGCGGCUCAGGCACAGGGUGGUUUCAAUUUUGCUAAGAUGCUUGGAUUUGGUGAUCUUGGUGGCCCUCCAUUAUCUGCUGCUGAGGAAUAUUCACUUCAUUCCCGAUACCUUGCUAAAGCAAAUUCUCUAAAUCUUUCAGAGAUUGCUGAAAUGAAAAUUGUAUACCGGGGAGGAGUAGAUUGUGAAGGACGUCCUGUAAUGGUUGUUGUAGGAGCUCACUUUCUUCUACGUUGUCUUGAUUUGGAGCGAUUUGUUCUUUAUGUUGUUAAGGAAUUUGAACCUCUGAUUCAGAAGCCUUACACAAUUGUCUAUAUACACUCUGCCGCCUCAUUGCAAGUGCAACCAGAUCUAGGAUGGAUGAAGCGCUUGCAACAGAUUUUGGGUCGAAAGCAUCGGCACAAUCUGCAUGCAAUAUAUGUUCUCCAUCCAACUUUGGGACUGAAAGCAGCAAUUUUUGCUCUGCAACUAUUAGUUGAUGGAGAAGUAUGGAAAAAAGUUGUCUAUGUUGAUAGGCUCUUGCAGCUGUUCAGAUAUGUACCUAGGGAGCAGCUGACCAUCCCUGACUUCGUAUUCCAGCAUGAUCUUGAAGUGAAUGGAGGAAAGGGCAUUAUUGUCGAUCCAAGAACAAAGCAUAUAUAUCACAGACCCUCAGCUUCCGUUUGAUGAUAUCGAAGAUCUGUUCCAUUGCAAGACAGAGUAGAUGCUAGUGUUGCUCUUUGAUGCGAUGUGAUUAGUAUUUGAUCAUUUCUAGUCUUGUAUAAUUCUAGAGCUUCUCAGUACAUUGAUUCAGAUUUCAUUGUAUCUUUUGAGAUUGCACAAUAAACAGGCUGUAUCUUACAAUUAUUUGCCAAGGUCUUUUCUUGGAUUUUGUGAUGCUAUGUUGUACAUACAUAAAAUAAAUGUGAAUGUACUUGUAAAUGCUGUUAUUUGUCUAGUAA